AUGCUGGUGGUCCUUCCCGAGGUGGCAUCUUGUGGUCUGAUUGUGUUUGUUCAACUCUUCAUCCUGUCAUACCUGUGGGAGGAAGUCCAGACAGUGGAUGCUUGCAGCAUCCACUCGAGUCAAGGGCUGCAAUGGACUGCGGCGGCCAUCUUCGUUGGGAAGAUGAUGGCCGAGUUUGGGGAGACUCUGUCCAUGCUGAUCUGGAUUUGGGGCAACAAGGUCAUCGACAUUCGCGUCGUGCAGAUGGAUGAGCCUAACCCCCUGACGCGUUUUCAAAAGCUCCUCGCCACACUUUUCGUUGUCGUCCCCAAGCUCGUCGUGGCUUGCAUCCUGACGUUCGUCGGCACGUACUUCGUCUUCCUGUCUGAGAGCAACACGGACUUGAUACUGAACUGCCUAGCCAUGACCUUUGUGGUGGAGCUUGAUGAGUUGGCAUACGCAACCAUCUCCAGCGAGUUUUCAAAGAAGGAGGUCCAGAAUGUGGUGCCCCUGGUGCUGCACAGCAGCUCGGUAGGCAGCGAGCUGGCCUUUUGUGAUUCCAUCGUCA